AUGCAGUUGGAAGACACGUUGUGGGAAGGUCUAACAGAUACGCAUGUUAAAACACCAAUGGCAGUUACAGCUGAAAAUCUGGCUGCAAAAUACAACAUCACACGAGAGGACUGUGACCGAUACGCAUUCAAAACACAACAAAGAUGCAAAGCUGCUCAAGAUGCUGGUUACUUUAAUGCUGAGAUGGCACCAAUUGAAGUGAAAACAAAAAAGGGGAAAGAAAAUAUGCAAAAGGACGAGCACCCAAAACCCCAGACUACUCUGGAGCAAUUGGCAAAACUCCCGUCUCUCUUCAAGAAGGAUGGAACAGUGACUGCUGGGAAUGCUUCAGGGGUGUGCGAUGGAGCUGGUGCAGUCAUCAUUGCCAGUGAAUCAGCCCUUAAAAAGCACAGUCUUACUCCUCUGGCCAGGGUAGUAGCCUAUCACUCAGCUGGCUGUGACCCCUCCAUAAUGGGCAUUGGCCCUGUACCUGCAAUCACUGAGGUUCUGAAGAAAACGGGAUUGACCUUGAAGGACAUGGAUCUGGUCGAGGUGAAUGAGGCAUUUGCACCUCAGUAUCUGGCUGUCGAAAAAGUGUUGGGCCUUGACCCUGAAAAAACCAAUGUCAACGGAGGUGCCAUCGCUAUAGGACAUCCUUUGGGUGCCUCAGGAUCACGGAUCACAGCUCAUCUGGUUCAUGAAUUAAGGCGUCGGGGCGGGAAAUAUGCGGUUGGGUCAGCCUGCAUCGGCGGUGGACAAGGUAUUGCUCUUAUCAUUGAGAACACAGCCUGAGAGAUUCCGCAAACUGCAGUGUUGCCCCAGUUACUGAUUCCCUGAGAAAAUUCUGCGUUCUGUGACAAUAAAGCAUCACUAUCUGCCUUCGUUUUCUGCCAUUCCUGC